UGUGUCCCGUGAUGCUACCGCACGUCUGUCCCACAGCACUGACACGCUGUAACACCCACUGCUCCACAAAUCCUCAACCCCCUCGCUGCCCAUGCCCCGCCCCCCAAAAGUACCCAAAACUUGUGUGUGGUGGGGUGUGAGCUGUCCCGCAUGUCCCUGUUGAGUAACAAUGGCGUCAUUACUCUGAAACGGGGGCACUGGGAGGGGGUGCUGAUCUCAUUACUGGAGAAAUCUGGGGGGACGGGGGGCGGAGCCAGCGUCCCUGCAGUGGUGUUGUGUGCCCCCCUGCCCUCAUUCGCCCCCCUGCCCGGCCACAGAGAAGUCCUGCCCUCAUUCACCCCCCUGCCCGGCCACAGAGAAGUCCUGCCCGGCCUGCGUUAUGAUUCUGGGCGUCGGCCUCUCUGCUCCGGACGGCUCCCGCAAACGCGCGUUUCCUCCCGCGGACAUGAGGAGAGGAAGCUACGACGACGCCGUGGCCUCGCUUCGACCGCACCUGCAGAACCUGGCGCAGCGUCGACGCUCCGCCCCGUCCAUCGCCUUCGGCCGCGCGCUGGGGAAGACCUGGACCUCCAUACGUGAGGAGGGCAUCGGCCAGGUGCCCGCGGACCAGUGUCCUUUCGUCCUGGGCCUGACCAAUGAGAACGCAGAGCUGACCCUGGACGAGAGAGUCCAGCUGACCGAGGGUGUGAAGACCAAGGAGCGGCAGCUGUUCCUCUUCAGCGACAUCCUGGUCAUCGCCAAGCUUAGGGAGAGUAGCUCCAGCUACAGGUUAAAGCACAGGGUGAAUCUGGAACAGCUGUGGAUCGUCACCUUCGAGGAUGAAGAGGACGAAGAGGGAGACGUGGGCAUCAACCUCAAAACCUCCCUGUUCCUGGCCUGGCCCCUGGCACACUGCGUGGUGUCUUUCCGGUGA